AUGGGAAAGGAACGAGCUGUCAAGAAAGAACGCCAUAAUCCUCUACACGUUCAAAUAUUAGAAGAUAAAAACCCCGGCAGAAAAAAUUUCAAAAUAAAAGCUUUAAAACGAAAUCAAGAAAAAGACGAUGAAUACGUUGAACCGAGUCUUUCUCGGAAAAUUCUCACAAUUGCAAGAGAGCAACAGGAAGAGCUUGAAGAAGAGUCUAAUUUAGACAAAAGUCAAAUCAACAAGGAGGAUCAAAGUCAAUUAUUUUCUUCAAUAAUUGAAGACGAAAGUGAAGAAGAUGAUCAUUCUGAUGAAGAAGAAAAUUUUGAUUAUGAAGAAUUGGAAAUCGAUGAAAACGAUCAAGUAAUUCUAGAGAAGUUUUUACCAAAUGCUCCAAAGGAAAGAAAAACUUUGGCAGAUUUGAUUAUAGAAAAGAUCGAAGCACGAAAAUUUGCCAAGGAUGAUACUACUUCAGCAUCUCAAUCCUCAGCUAUAAGUCCAAAGGUCGUCGAAGUUUAUACAAAAGUCGGCACCCUUUUAAGUCGGUAUAAGUCCGGAAAACUUCCAAAAGCUUUCAAAAUUAUCCCAUCAUUAUCCAAUUGGGAAGACAUUUUGUACCUUACACAUCCUGAAAAUUGGACUCCGCAUGCGACUUUUCAGGCCACCCGAAUUUUUGUUUCAAAUCUUAAGGCAAAUCAAACACAAAGAUUUUUUGAUCUCGUCCUUCUCGAAAAAGUUCGAGAUGAUAUUCAAGAGAACAAAAAACUCAAUUACCAUUUAUAUAUGGCUCUCAAAAAAGCUUUAUAUAAACCAGCUGCCUUUUUUAAAGGAAUCUUGUUUCCUUUAUGUGAAUCGGGUACUUGCACUUUAAAAGAGGCGGUUAUCAUUGGUAGCGUAAUCUCAAAAGUAAGCAUACCUAUGCUUCAUUCUUCUGCUGGUUUGUUACGACUCGCUGAGAUGGAAUAUUCGGGAUCAAAUAGUUUAUUUAUUCGGAUAUUGCUUGAUAAAAAGUACGCGUUACCUUAUAAGGUGGUAGACGCGCUGGUUUUUCACUUUAUGCGGUUCAAAAAUGAUGAAAGAACCAUGCCGGUACUAUGGCAUCAAUCUUUCUUGGUUUUUGCUCAGAGGUAUAAACAAGAUUUAACUCCCGAACAAAAAAAUGCGCUUCUUGAUGUAUUAAAGGUGAAAUCUCACAAUCUUAUAACGCCAGAAAUUCGUCGUGAAAUUGUUAAUUCUGUUACACGUGGCGAAAUAAUGGUUGAUGAAAUGGAAAUUGUUUAA